CACGCGUUCAUCAAGUAACUCGAGAUUAAUCCCUUGGAUUUAUGCUUGAACGGCGACAGGAUGCGCCGAUAUUUGAAUUCCACCGCGCUCUAGUAUUUCGUCCUAAAGGCACCAAGAAAAUAGCAGUGGAAUAAGUGACUUGUCGGGAGGAUCUGAAAUACUAGAAAAGAUGAUGGGAUGUUAUCAGACAACUGAAAAUUCUUUUAAAGCAAAAAACUUUUGGAUCACAAAACAUGAAGAUUUAAUUGAGACAUUUGAGGAAAACAGACAUUCUGCCAGAAAGUCAAUUCCCAUUAAAAAUACCUUUGUUAGAAAAGAAGACUUCUACAGGAAGGGAAUAUCAAUACCUAGAAGUAAUACUGAGAACAAAGAGCUGCCCAGUUACAGAGCUCUAGGAAAUUCUCGAAGUGCAUCAGGACCAAAGAAGCAUAAACGAUGUCCUUUAGUUAGGUCUGCUACCUCUAGGAGUGUCCCGUCUUUGGCAGAAUUCCACAAAUUAGCGGAAAAUCUUAGCUUUUUAGAUUUCAAGAGUUUUAAAAACGAGGUAAAGCCUGUGAAAAGACCUGAUACUCCAGGAGAACAGCCUGCAGAGAAAAUAAAGAAAGACAUCGUAAGAGUUGGCGACAUUUUGACCCUUGUGAAAGAUGUCAGUGUAAAAAUGGAAAUGGAGAAGGGAUGCAUGCCAAACAGCAGACCUCCAUUUGAAAAGCAACUGGUCUCCAAAUCCUUAAGUAGUCCUUCAUAUCCGUAUGAAAGUGCAGUAUUACAAACAGGAGGUCGAUGCUACAAUGACUGGAGGGGCUGUAUGUCCCCAACACCUGUGAAACUGUGGUCUGCGCAGAAAAGAGCUGUCACAGCAUGGCCUCUGAAGACGACGGAAGAAAGGCCGAGUCGUCGGGUCAACACCGCACAGGAUGUAAAAGUUUCCUCUUUUCCAGUGCUGUUGGAGGAAACUUCAAAGCAGGAAAUAUCUCCUGUAAGGAUUCCUAGCAGUGAAGUGAUGACUGUUCCUGGGAAAGAUUCAUUAUCAAGCUUUAUUUUAACAGACUCUGAGAAUCAUGAAAACCUGCUUCACCCAAGUGAUUCGAGUCAGCUGUCAUCAGUAAGCGAAGUUAAGAAAAAUGUGACUUCUAUAAUAAAUGCACCCGAGGAAGAAACUGACAAACCAUUUGUAAGUGAUCUGAAUAAAAAUCAGUGUUGUGAUAAACAAGAAAAUCAUUCCGAAAAGAUCGCUCAAGACAUCAAAGACCAAAAUACUCCCGGUGAAGCUCAGUGCAGUGCUAAUACAGACCGUCAGUGGGACAGUUGUGCUGUUUUAGAUGAGCUCCUCCCAGAAUGCAAUUCCAAAGCAGAACCAUCUGAUCCAUCGGUUAACAAUUCUAAAGACAACACAGCUGCAUUCCUCUUUAAAAAUGGUGAGAAUGAGGAAGAAACGAGUCUUGACAGAGUGUUAAAAGGACAUGAGCACACCAAGCCACAUGUUGAUCAGUCCAAUAGAGAGUACAGCCAUGGACCCCACGAUUUACUAAAAGUGAAGAAAGUCAGUCAUGCUGUCAAGGUCCAUAACAUGAAGUUGCAGAAAUUAAGCCUUCUAAAUACUGAAAAGGAACUUUGCCAUUGGAUCACAUGCAGGCAGGAGCAAGAGGAUGCACAAAGGAAAGAUAAUAAUGUUGAAGUAACUUCAUAUAACGAUGAAAAUAAAUCUGAAUGCCUGAAACACAAUACAGCAAGAGAGAUUUCAUCAAUAUGGAAUACACAACCAGGAAAACUAGCUGAUGCCCACUUCCAAGCUAAAGAUCAAGAAAGUCCAAUGAAAUCAGUGCAUCUUGAGAAGGAAGACUCCUCUAAUGUUAACAUACAUGCCAUGUUCAGAGAAUCUACUACUCCGGACUUUCUUCUAGAUUUCAUGGAGGAAAAUAGACCUCUUCAACUGGAAACAAAUACAAAAGCAUCACAUUUUUACAGGACAUGGAAAAGCCACAGAAAACAACUCAGCUCAGUUUACAACAGAAAGCAAAGCUCAGAGCUGAAGGAGUGGGUGCGAACUUUAAAGGAGAAAAAAGCUCUUCAAGAUGCGCACAGACUUGACAGAAGGCUGAAAAAGCAGAAAGUAAUUUACCAGUCCAACCAAAAGAUUGAUGAAAGGCUGAGGAGAGUGGGACCACACCUUGAAAUCUAUGAAGCGUUUCACCCAGUAAAGACUGGGAGCUCAAGUCACCAAUUCCUACAAGCAACAAUUUGCAUUCAGAAAUUUAUUCGGUCCUGGCUUGUGCGGAUCCAGUACAACAGAAUUAAAACAAAGGCAUUAAAUCACGGCCCAUCACUUCCAGAAGCUGUAAAAAAAUACCGCAGCAUGAUGCAAAAACUACAGAAAAGAAAUGACGUCAGGAAGCCAUCUGUGCCUCUUGUGUACAGUGAAAUAGAAGAGUGGAUGGACAGAAAGACGAUGUAUGAAAAGAUGUUUUCAAAACGAGAAUUUUGGAAUGAAAUGGAUAAAAGCGAACUGCCCAGCUUUCUCAAGGAUUGUGGCCAUUACCCUUCAAAGCAGGACAUUGAAAAUGCCUGGUGUCUCAUUAAUUAUGGUACAUUUGGCAAAGCUGCUGAGGCAGUUAAAAAACAGCAAGCAGUGGAACUGGCAUUUACUCUGUACCCACCGGCAGCAGCAAAGUGUUUGAGAAGAACCCUGCAUCAGUCAACAUGGCUUAAUCCUAUUGUGGAUGGAGAGGAAGGAUAUAAAUAUUUAGUGUCUGGACACCCAGUAUUAAAAGAAGCAGACAUGAGGAUUGUGGGAAAACUGGUGGCCACGUCAAUCAGAGAACGAAAAGAGAGACGGAAUGCCCUGAGCCUGAAUAUUGAAGGACAGACUGGGAAAAAAUAAAUCUUUGUGAAGAAGAAGCAGCGCCAAGAGUGCCUUUUACGCUGAGGACAGCGCACUCCACGCUAAUGGAGGUCCCUUCUCGUCAGUGAGUGGCUGUUGAGCACAAGUCUUAGUCGAGUUGUUUUAUAUCGGUUUGGAAGUUGAAAUAUUGUAAUAUUUCAGGGCUCUGUUCUUUUAUGUGUUUCUUAAAAGUUUUUGAUUUGAUUUAUUAAGAUACAGUGAUGAAGCAUACUCUUGGGAGUUUGACUCUGCUGUUUAUUAUUCAUAUUUUA